AUGGGGUCCCCUCGCCGCAUGUCCGUCGCGCCCACCGCCCUCCUCAUCCUACUCCUCCUCGUCGCCACGGAGAUGGGGACGAUGAAGGUGGUGGAGGCCCGGACGUGCCAGUCGAGGAGCCACAAAUUCAAGGGCGGCUGCUUCAGCGACAGCAAUUGCGCCAACGUGUGCCACACCGAGAACUUCCCCCGCGGGACCAUGCCCCAUUACGUCGAGCCCAAGUGCUACUGCGAGCGGGAUUGUUGA